GAAUGUCCAUUACAAGCGGUAAUGCUGAAGGAAUGACAUCUCAGCUCACCCGUCCCCUCAACUCCCUCAUCACCCUUUGUCUAACACGGUUAUCAAGACAGAACGAGACACAUGGUGCAGCACCCUCCCACAUAUCCAACCAUGACAUAAGAGUUCCAGUUCGCAAUGGUCAGACCUCAGCUGGGGAUCACAUCAAGACGCUCUUUGACUGUGAUCUUCCCACUGACAAAGAAAAUGAAACUUUCGUCAAAUGUCUGGAGAAAGCGCAGCUGCAGGGUCCCGGCAUCAGAUUCGUCGUUAUAGGUUCAGAAAACUACGUAGGUAAAUGGUUAAACGGAGGGCGCCGAGGUCACGGUUUGAACUACAAGUGUUUUGCUCAACAGUUUGUAGGCAGUCCUGUUGGACCCGGUCAGAGGAACUUCUUCGAGCAGACACUUUUACUGGGCGAGGUGCAGUAUGACGACAUCACCAAGCAGCUCGAUGAUAUGGCACAAGCUGAGGGAAUCGAGCAAACUAACAUUAAAUACGGUGAUAAUAAGGUGUAUGACCGGAUGGUGGAAGAAGCCAGUAUCAGAUGUCAGAGGAGGCUGGCUAAUAUUGUGAGGUGCAUCGCCCGCUGUUCUCUCCGACCUAUCUGUAUAUCGGGGGGUAACGAGGACAUCCUCGGUUUAGGGUACGGUGUACAUUUAGGUCGCACGAUAGCACGGGGUACCCCAUCCAAUCUCACACUAGGCAACUUCGAUUGUCACGGGGAUUACAAAAACUUGGAGGAGAGAGGCGCGCAUUCCGGGAACGGGUUUUCUUUUCUUAACACCAUCGGUAUUCUUAAGAAAUACGCAGUUCUAGGUUUAUCUCCCUACGAAAACAGGGAAUCCAUGAUGGAACAACUAAUAAGUACAAACUGUUGGUACAGGUAUUUGGAUGACAUAUCAGUGAUAGGAGCCCCUAACAGGCCCUCUUUACACGAAAGUUUACUGGAAAUGAUCAAAGCGUUAGACGCUGAAAACGAUGAGGUGCCAGGUUUAUGUGUAGAUCUAGAUGUUACUGAGGAUCUCACCACUGUCAGCUGUCCUGCUACUCUCGGCAUCACCAGAGCUCAGGUGCACGAACUAGUACAAGAGUUCACCAGAUACAACAAACCUUUCUUCCUGUUGCUAGCCGAGGGGAUGCCAGAUCCCAUGAUCCCUUUGACUGAGGGUAUAAACCGUACACUUGGAAAAUAUCAGGCCGGUCUUGUAUCUUGCUUCCUCAGGAACUGUAUCAGUGUACCUCACAUUUAACUAGCUUAUAACACAUCGCUACACGGUACUAUACUAUCUACAGUUACCACCGCUGAGUUUAUCUUAAACCUUCUGUUUUUCUGAAGGAGUUGCCGUUUUAUGGAACUAAAGAGGAAUUCCAGCUUACUGGAAACUGGCGUAAGAUUAUUAGCUCGGAGGAGAUUUUAACAGUUGUUAAAUUUCUCGUUUUAUCGCCAUUCGCAGGGUUUUUAUUUCAUACGUCAAGCCCAUCUGUGGCACGUGACCACUUUUUACGAAAAUAUCUUCAAUCUUCUCAUGUUAUGUUUGCUUGAUGCUCUGAUAUUGGAGUACUAUUUGAUUAUAAUACAGUUUGAUUCAGUUGUGCAUGUAAUGGUUAUAAGGAUCCAAGAAAAUCUGUUUAAAGUUUAAUACAUGUAUACAUAAGUCACAUUAAUUUAUUCAACAGAUGGUUCUUUUGUUUUAUUUAAUUGAUAACCUUGAACAUUUUCCUAUCUUAGUUCAAAAAAGCUAGGCUCACUAUUCUGUAUUCAUUAUACAACUCAGCUUAAAUGAUUUAUGGUAUCUGUUAUUUUGAAUGUUUCUUAAAGUUUAAGUACGAGUGAUUUUUAUGUCUAAUUUUUAUUUCAUCAAUUUAGUUAAGGAUUAAAAAUGAUAAAAGUACAUAUCAUUUAAAAUUUCUUAACAUGUUAAGUGCACGUUACAAUUAGUAUACAAUUACAUCUACGAAAAUGUGUCAUAUAUUUCUUGGUUGAAACAUUUACAACUUAAACAUUUGCGUAAUUUUGUCGGUGAAUGAAUAAAUAAUAGAGACCGAAUCAGUAUUUUAAUCAAGCUGUCUUUUCAAUAUGGUUCGUGUUGGUUAAUUAUUGCAAUUUUCCAAGAUAAUGUAGGAAUUUAAUAAUUCCAACAUAAGCUGAAUAGUGAAUAUGGAUCAGGUAUUUGGGCAACAUUGUGCAUCUGUAAAUAUUUUACCACAUAGCUGUGAGCACAUAAGAUACAAUUAUAUGUUCCUCAAAUUAAA